UCAUAAAGUCUUGUUUACCAUCUGCGAUGUUCAUCUUUGGUGGCGAAACGUGAUCCAAGGACUUUAAGGUGAUUGCUGAUCAUCAAGCAGUGGGAAUGCUUGACAUAGUUUCCAUCGUCAUAAAGUGACCGAUCCUAUUUAAAAGUAAUACUCUCCUCCAGCCAGCACAGCAACGCUGAAUUACAAAAUAGAAGAAGCAAGAGGUAGAAGAAAGACAAAAUGUCAGAAGCGGAUAGGAAAACGAAUCUGAAGAACUCCGCCACAGCCAACAAAAAUAUUAAAAAGCUGCGGAUCAUAAGCAUGGUGUGCAGCUUGACUAAAAGUUGGCAGCAGUGGGCUUCUGAAAAUGAGAAUAAGCAUGCCAACGAACCUUCAGGAUGGGCACCUCAUGCUGAAAAAGAGGAAAAACCAAAGCAAUAUAAAAAAAGUGCUGAUCAAACAAUGGGAUCUAUUCAAAAGACACAAUCUACCAAGAAACUUGAAGGUGAUUCUGGUAAAGAACCUUUGGAGUCAAAAAUCAGAAGCAAACAGGUGACAAAAACCAUAACAAGUAGGGUUCAGGAGAAAGGAAACGACAUUAGCUUUUUGACAAAUAGAUAUAAAAAUGAUACAAAUGAGGCUGAUAAAAUCCUGUACGGGAACAAGUCUCCAACCCGGAGGAGAAAGUGCUCCAACCUAGUAUCUGAGCUCACCAAGGGCUGGAAGGACAUGGAGAAGGAAAACCACAAGACCCAGAGUAACAGCAUGGACACUGAGGACAGUGGCUUUUUAGAGGGAGAUGAGAAAAACCAGGAGGAAAAAUCUGAGAAACAGGAGGUAACAGAAGAAUAUUCACCUGUCAGGAUCAAACGACCUUCAACUACACUCGUGAAUAAAGAUGUGGAUGAAGCAAAAAAGAUCAACCUUCUUGCUAAGAAACACAGUCCUGUGGGCAACCUGAAGAGCAGGUGGCAAAACUGGGCUGAACAGCACACUGUGACUCAGAAGCUAAACCCUUUCAGUGAGAACUUUGACUACAACAUGUCCAUGGCCACUCGUCUCCACAAGGGUGACGAAGGCUAUGGAAGGCCAAAGGAGGGCACCAAGACUGCAGAGCGGGCAAAAAGAGCAGAGGACCAUAUCCACCGCGAGAUCAGCGACAUGUGCUUCAUUAUCAGAACCAUGGAGAACCCUGGACCAGACGGCAAGACAAGAGUAAAAUUUGGACAACUUUUUGACAGAUAUGUGCGUAUUUCUGAUAAGGUGGUUGGCAUCCUCAUGAGGGCCAGGAAGCAUGGAAAGCUGCAUUUUGAAGGUGAAAUGUUAUGGCAAGGUAGAGAUGACCAUGUGGUUAUUACUCUUUUAGUAUAACAUUUAUUGAUUGCAUCAGCACUUACAGUUAAAUGGGGUUGUCAGUAUUGUAUACUGUAAAUUAAUGUAAUAAGGUUAGUGUUUAUCUUUGACAAUUUUAGGACUUAAGGCUGCCAAACACCUGAUGCGAUGCGACAAAAAUAAUAGAGCCUAUACUGUUAAGAACCUUUCACACCCCAGGUGACACUUAGCAUUGUGAAAAAAAUAGGAGAAUAUCUUAUUUUUUUGUGACUAUAUCAUACAACAGAUAGGAAACUAGCACAAAUCUUUCCUGCUUGUGUUCUAAAACACCCCCCCCCCCCCCCUCUCUCUCUCUCUCUCUCUCUCUCUAUAUAUAUACACAUACAGAGGGAAUGGUCAAAGGCUACACAUUAAAUAGAUUAUCAGAAAUAGUUGCAUGCAAUGUUACAUCACUGUGCAUUUUUGAUAAUCUGAAUUAUUUCAAUGACUUAAUUAUACUGGCAUCUACUGAUGUAAUUGUGUUAUUACUUAAUUAAUAUUACCUCUUUCAAAAUGAAAGGAUAUGCCUGUUAUAGGAGUGAAGUUUUACAACACUUUUUAAAAAAAUAAACCCAAUCUAGUUCUUUGAAGUCUUUUAUAUAAACCAGAGAUACAAAUGUGUUUGUGUAAUUUUAUUUAUUGCUGUGAACAGAACACAUUGCAAUGUAUAAAGCUCAAUGCAUACCUCUUUUCUAUUUUGUUAUAAAAAUGUGUUAUAUGUAUUUAUUUUAUGUAAAACCCAAAAUAAGCAAACCAAUAGUGAAUUACCCAAAUCAUGAACUAAUUCAAAUUACCUAAAAAAAAAAUCUGUGAUACUAGUGUGGCCCCCUAUAAACGUAUACCUUAUUUUAUACCAUACUUUAUUAACAAUGUAAAAUGAUUAAUACAAUUGUAUUAUUACUGUAACAAGUCUAUUCAAUCAAAAUAAUACAUUGUUGAUUUUAAAUGGGCAGACUUACUUUAGUAGGAAACAUUUACCUUUAACAGACUUUAAGGCAAUGUCCUAUCCGGCUUUGAAGCAGAACCGUGAUGCCCGCUGCAAUGCACCCAGUUGAAGUAGACGCAUGUUCAUUAUUCACUAUUCAGAUAGUGGUUAAAACCUGAAGCUAGAUGCUUAUUCAUUAGUCAAUUUUUAUAAUUGGAUUAACUGUGAAGCACUACAUUUAUUUCUUAAAAAAUACAAGCUUACUUUCACAAAUAAUGAUUAUUAGGUAGGACAGUGCUCUUUUUGGUAAAAUAUUGAUAUUCCAAUUCUCAGAUAAACAAGCAGUUGUGUCACUUACCCCUACUAACUUAUGAAAGUACACACCAAAUGCAUUGCCCCUGCCCUAGGUACAGGGCCCCAAAAAUCAUAGAUAAAUACCCCACCCCCUUCACUAAAAAGGCUAUUAGUUUGUAAAAUACUGGUAUUGAAAUCCUUUUUUCUGUCCCUGCACUGGGAAGAGGGCCCAUACAUAAAUGCAUUGGAAUAUCAUUAUUUUAUGAAAAGAUUGCUACUUUGGUAAGAGGGUGGGGAAUUUGUCUUUGAUGUUCUGUGCACAAAUGAUAUAAUACAAUAUUGCAAUAAUAAAACUAAAUACCAAUACAUCUGCAUAUGACGCAGAAAUAUACUGAAUAUGCAGAAAGGUAUUUUUAUGUUCAAU